AUAUCUAAAAAUAAAGUUUGAACUGUCAUUCUUACUUCAAAAAAGCAAUCAAUUCUCGGAGAUAUUUAGUUGUAUCUACGAUCUUUUAUCAAUUACUAAAACAUUAUUGUACUAUUUGUAUAUUCAAGAAACAAAUCAAGGUGAAACGUACACACACUCGGCAUGUAUACCGACGAGGAGCGCGCGGGCUCCCGCGUGAUGCACCCCAUGCCGCCAGAGUUCGUCACCUUCGUACCGUACGCGUGUUACCAGCUCCAAUCCCCCUUCGAAGUCAGAGUCAACGUGGAAUGGCAAGACCAAUACUGCGGUUUAGAGGAAAAAAAGAAGGGUAAACGAACGGGGCAGUCUCAGCGCCACCUCGCACACACGGCCACGCGGCGCGCGCUGGCCGAGCCGUCGGCCUCCGGCCUGGAACUGGGCCAAGUCCCCACCACGCACAAGUUGGCGGCGGAGGAAGGCGUGGUAGUGGUGCACGCUGUCAUGGACUUCGCGGGGAACCUGAUGGAGAUCGCGUUCCGGCGAUGCGUCACUAUCCCGCGCAUGCUCAUCCAGGUGAUGGGCUGGAGCGUGCCUCACCACGACUUGUUGUCCAGACUGACAAUCCGCUGGGCAGCACUAGAUGCAAUAGCAUUGUACGAAUUCUCAAAGUUCUUGAGCAACGUGAAUCUCACCGAGAUUUGCCUAGACGACUCGCCCGUGAAGGGGCGCAACUACGAGGUGCUGUUGGCCGGCCCCAGCCGCCUGCGCUACCUGUCGCUGGCGCGCUGCAGCCUGGACGACGCGGACGUGGCGAGCCUGGCCAGCCACCUGGAGCACCCGCGGCCCGCCGCCGCCACGCUGGCCGUGCUGCUGCUGGCCGCCAACCGCAUCGGGGACGCCGGCGCCGCCGCGCUGGCCCACGCGCUGCGCACCAACCGCACCCUGCGGUGCCUCAACCUGGCGGGCAACGCUAUCUCCGACGUGGGAGCCAUUACUAUAUUUAACACUCUCAUGGAAUUUCCUUUGACGGCCGACGAAAUUUUAAAAAAGAGAUCGCGAGUCCUCGAUUUUCUAAAAAUGAAGAGCGAGCUGUACGAGAGAUGCGUGAGACAGUUGGUUCUGGAUAAAAGUCACGACGAAAUUCGGUCGAACAAGCGGCGGAUGACAGUACGUCCCUCAACGAGAAGGAACAGCAUGAGGGCGACGCAUUCCAACAACGCCCUGCUCCAGAAGGCGGAGGCCAUGGCUACCGAGCUGAUGGGCGUGUUCACAGACCCCUUCAGCAUCGAGCAGACGGUGACCCGCAGCGGCUACACGUACUGCAUCGGCAACACUAGUCUGUGCUGGCUCAGCCUGGCCUACAACAACCUGGAGUACUCCAGCCUGGGCGCGCUGUACGAGGUGCUGGCGCACCAGCACUGGCUGGGCGCGCGCGCCACGCCCGGCCUGCUGCAGGUCAACGUCGACGGGAACCAGCUGCCCGUGGACUGCGACCACUUGUUUCUCAUUGAAGAUUUAUUGGACAAGGCUCGGUGCUCGAAAACUAAAACAAUUAAACAAGUUAUCGAAAAGCUCCGCCCUGGUCGUGUCCGAUCUCUCAGUUAGAUUUUAUUACAUUUAAUAUUAUUUAUUAUUAAUUUAGAUAGAUAUUAUCAUUAUUAACUUUAACU